AUGUUCUUUGCUCUCUCGCUUAUCAUCGCUCUCCUCUCUAUGGGCUGGUCCCUUCCUCUCCCCUACAAGGUCCGUCAAGCGGAAGGUGAAAAGUUUGUUGUGGCCCACCAUAUGGUCGGCAAUACCUUCCCUUAUACCUAUGAUACCUGGCUGGCCGAUGUCAAACUCGCACAUGCGAACGGGAUUGACGCAUUUGCGCUCAACGUCGGUACAGACUCGUGGCAAAAGGAUCGAGUCAAGGAUGCUUUUGAUGCUGCCAGAGAUUCGGGCACUGGAUUCAAGAUGUUUAUGAGUUUCGACAUGGCCGUCAACCCGUGCGCAGGUCCCUCGGACGCGGCAGCGCUCAGAGAGUACAUAACGACAUAUGCCUCGCACUCUGCACAACUCAGGUACAACGGCAAAGUCUUUGCAUCGACGUUUGCUGGAGAGUCGUGUACGUUUGGCGCUGCGACGACCGAGCAGGGCUGGAAGGAGCAGUUUACGGAUCAGUUGACGGGGGAAAAUGCUGCAUUGUUUGUUCCUAGUUUUUUCAUGGAUCCAGCUAGGUUCAAGUCGUUUAGUGCGAUGGAUGGAGCAUUUAAUUGGAACGGCGGGUGGCCAACGCAACUAUCUGCGGCUAAGCUCUCGCAGACAAUUUCGUUCCUCAACUCGAACCCCGUUGACGCUUCCAAAGCUCCUAUUCCGGUACCUCCAACGCUAACGCCCAUCGCCGGCGUCGUCUCAGCCUUAUCGACCCUAUCUCUCAAACAACGUGAUGAUUCACUGGCACCCGUUGCUGAAUCCAAAUUAGCAGCCGCUCUAGCUGGUGCAAUUAAUUUGGAUUCAGAUACUUCUAUUAGCGCCAAUCUUGGUACGUCUGGCGACUCUGGUGCCGGAACUGUAUAUAUGGCCUGCGUGAGCCCAUGGUUCUAUACACACUACGGACCCGAUUCGUUCAACAAGAACUGGAUCUACCGAUCUGAUGAUUGGUUGUACAAUACCCGAUGGGACCAACUGAUUCGGUCGAGGAAUAAGAUUGAUAUUGUUCAAAUUGUCAGUUGGAAUGAUUAUGGCGAAUCCCAUUAUAUUGGGCCUAUCGAGGGUGCACAGCCCAAUUCGAAUGCCUGGGUUGACGGCUUUGAUCAUCAGGCAUGGCUCCAAAUGACUUCUUACUACGCAACUGCCUUUAAAACUGGUCAAUACCCUACUAUCGACAAGGAUCAAAUCUUCCUCACAGCCAGACCCCAUCCUGCUCAUGCGGAUGCCAGUGAUGACCCAAUCGGAAAACCAACUGAUUUUGAGCUGACCGAGGAUGCCUUGUGGGCCGUUGUUUUUGCUACUGCACCCGCCAAAGUUACACUCUCUGCCGACCCCGCCAAACCCGAGGAGUUCGAUGUCCCCGCCGGGGUAUCUAAACUCCGAAUUUCCUUGGUGGCGGGUCAAGGUAUUGCAGCUACCAUGGCACGUGAUGGUGCUACAUUGGUCGACAUGAAGCCGGACUUUUAUUUCGACCCAAAUCCGACCACAUACAACUAUAACGCUGCAACAUUUACUGGGACUGCGGAGUGA